AUGGUUAGCAUGUUAAACGAGCUAGAAGUUGUUACUGUCAUCGUCUUUGAAUCACUCUUGAACUUUAUAGCUGGAACAAAGUUGCAAUCAAAAUCAAGUGGCUGGUUUGUGGUUUCCAAAUUGGUGCACCCAAAAAAAAUAGUAUGUGAGGGUAAAGAAACAGAUGCAAAUGAAUUUGACAAGGUAGAUGUGGCAUUGCAAUCUCUCAUUAGUCACAAGACUAGCAAAUCCGAUUACUCCAUCCACAUUCAGAAUGUGCAGAACUGGAUGGGGAAGUUGGAGUCAAGCAUUGAAGAUGUUGAAGAGGUGCUUGAAGGUUUCUCUAGACGUCUUGUCAAGACCCGAGUUUCCUUUCUCAACAUCCUCAACCACUAG